AUGGUGGAUAGAAGGCGUUUCAUGUUGGAGCAGAAGGCGUAUCAGCAAUCAACGGGUGAGCAGCACGAAAAGGACGGAAUCGUGUUGGAGUUUUCCGAACAAACCAACACUGUUACCGUGAGUCUUUAUGGGUUGACGAGCAAAAAAUCGAUAAUUGGUUUUUGUAGGCAUUCAUCACAUUUUUCGAAGGAUCCCCGUAUGCUAGUGGCACUUUUCAGGUGGAAUUCGUACUUCCGGAAGAGUAUCCGUUUAAAUGGCCCAAGGUAUUUAUUUUCCAGUUUGUCUUUAUGAUAAACAUUUUCUUAUAGUUAGGCGAGUUGAAGCGUAUGUGCUGCAAGUGCGCUCCAUUGAAACUGUGCCAGCGCCAACACAAAUCUCGAAAAUUCGAAUUUUAUUUACGCGCAUACGUUUCAGCACGCCACGACCUCCAGAGCUGACAAUAUAGGCAAAAAAAAAAGAUAAAUCACGUAAAUACAAGCAUUUUGAGCGCUCGAACCGCGAAAAUUACUGAAAAGCGACUGAAAUUCACGCAGUUUUAGCCAAAAACCUACAAACGGAUAAAUGUGAUUUGCGACUUGACCAAAUUUAACGCUCUUGCGCUUAAAAAAUUCGUAAUAGCCUAUACAAUCGGUUUAUCGAGAGACAAAUGAGAAAUUAUCGAUUUUUCGUGGCUAAUCUGGCAAAAAACACAAAUUUUGCUGUCAAAAUUUGAAUUUCGCGCCAAUGUAUCGCUCUAUUGGGCGGGGCGCACUUGCGCCCAUUGUGUCAGCUCUGGAGACCGUGGCAGCGCCAACAGAAAUCUCAAAAAUUCGAAUUUUAUUUACGCGCAUUUACGCUUCAGCGCGUCGUGUGUUUUUGUAAAAAUUAUCAGAAAAUUAUCGAUAAAUUUACAGAUCAAAGUGCUGACGAGAAUAUGGCACCCGAAGGUGGCGCUGGACACUGGAGCCGUUUGCUGCCAAUUUUCGAGUAGCGACUGGCAGCCCACCUGGACAAUCCACAAUCUCGCCUUCAUGCUGAGGUCCUGGCUCUGCGACAUGGAGACCGAGCAGCCGGUCGAGGCGAGAAUCGCCAAUCAGUACAAGGAUCGGCCGUUUGUAUUCGAGGUAGUAUAGUUUUCUGCGCUAUUUUCGAAUUUAUCGAUUUUUCAGAGAACUGCAAUGUUCUGGACGACAAAGUACGCGUGCGGAAGUGCGCCGCUCGACGAAGAGUAUAACAAUAUUUUGGAAAUUGCCAUCGAGGCCGGAUUUAGUGAGAAUCAGGCGAUCCGCGAGCUCAGCUGGAGCCACUGGCAGGAGACGGGUCUCACGACGAAGGAAUGGCUCCACGAGGACAUCUCACAAAUGAAUAUCGAUUGA